AUGGGGAUGCUGGUGGUGGGCGCCGAGCACUACGACAUGGUGGGCACGGUGGGGAAGGGGACAUUUGGGGAGGUAACACUGGGCUGGCGGAGGAGCACUGGGGAGACCGUGGCCAUCAAGAUCCUGAAGAACGAAGGGCACCACAGCCGGGUGGCACAGAACGAGCUGAGGCUGCUGCAGGCUUUGCGGCAGGUGGAUGUGGAGGAGUCGCACAUUGUCCGCUUCCUCGAGUCCUUCAGCGAUGGUGCCUGUACCCACCUGAUCUUCGAGAUGCUGGAGCAAAACCUCUUUGACUUCCAAAAGCACAACAACUUCUUGCCGCUGCCCGUCCGGCACAUCCGUGCCAUCGCGGCGCAACUGUUGGAGGUGCUGGCCAAGCUGAAGGAGCUCUCCAUCAUCCACGCUGACCUGAAGCCAGAGAACAUCAUGCUGGUGGACCACGCGCGCUGCCCUUUCCGCGUCAAGCUCAUCGACUUUGGCUCAGCCAGCAUCUUCAGCGAGGUCCGCCACGUCAAGGAGCCCUACAUCCAAUCCCGCUUCUACCGGGCGCCGGAGGUCUUGCUGGGGCUGCCGUUCUGCAAAAACGUGGACGUCUGGUCGCUGGGCUGCGUGGUGGCCGAGCUCCACUUGGGUUGGCCGCUCUAUCCCGGCAUCAACGAGUACGACCAGGUCCGCUACAUCUGCUCCACCUUGGGGCUACCACGGGGAGAGCUGCUCUGUGCCGCCCGCAAGACCUGGUCCUUCUUCCAACGGGUGCCGCAUCCCAGCGGUUCCUGGCAGCUCAAACCACCGGGUGAGGACACGGCGGAGCUGAUGGAGAGGAGGAAAUACAUCUUCUCCUCGCUGGAUCAGCUGGCAGCGGUAAACGUCCGCCUAGUGGCUUCUCCCGGCCAGGAGGCGCUGGCCGAGCGCUGCGACCUGCGCGGGAUGGUGGAGCUGGUGAAGAGGAUGUUCACCUGGGACUCGCAGGAGAGGAUCGUCCCCAGUGCCGCCCUCAAGCACCCCUUCAUCUCCAUGCAGCAGCUGGAAGCCAGCUUCAAGGCCACCCGGUACUACCAGCUCUGUCAGGAGGAC